CUCCCUUGUUCCUCUUCUUUUGUGUUUUGCUCUUGUUUCUUUUCCCUAUCUCAAUAAUUUAUUACAUUUCUUGCAUUAUUUGAUCCUUGUAUGAUGAAAGUGGGAUUCGAGCUGGUUCAUGCAAAUUAUAAUCCAAACAUGAUUCGUUCACACAUGCAUGAAACAUGGGAUCACUACUCAAAUAUUAUUACUUCCUUGCCAUUUUCAGCUCCAACCCCAUCAAACCUAUAUCCAAAGCCAGCAACAGAAAACCAGUGCCUAAACAUGGGGCAGAAUGAAGUCUCUGAUUGGAUGGAGGAACACAUUGAUGACAUCACCAAACACCUUGUUGAAGACUUACCAGAAACCACUUCUGAUAGCUUGGUGCCAAAUAACACAACAAGGGUUUCCCAUCACAACCUUGUUCCCUCACUUUUACCCAACUUGAUCAGUGAAAGAAAAGCUUCAGGCUUUAGACCCCAAUUUGAGGCCAUCACCAAUGUUCACUCAGGUUUAGAUCAUAGCUACAAUGUCUGUGAUCAAGGGUUGAGCCUCAUAAGCCUUCUAAUGGAGUGUGCAGUGGCAAUUUCAGUCGACAACCUGGGUGAGGCUCAUAGGAUGUUACUAGAGCUAACACAAAUGGCCUCACCCUACAAAGCAUCAUGUGGUGAACGCGUUGUUGCUUAUUUUACCAAGGCCAUGACUUGCAGGGUCAUGAAUUCUUGGCUUGGGAUGUGUUCCCCUUUGCUUGAUCACAGAAACAUUAACUCAGCAUUCCAAGUCUUCAACAACGUUUCCCCUUUCAUAAAAUUUGCUCACUUCACUUCCAACCAGGCAAUCCUUGAGGCAGUAAACCAUUGUGACAGUAUUCACAUAAUCGACUUGGACAUCAUGCAAGGCCUGCAAUGGCCAGCUUUUUUCCAUAUAUUAGCCACCAGAAUGGAGGGUCCACCACAGGUAACCAUGACAUGCUUCGGAACCUCAACGGAACUCCUCGUUGAAACUGGGAAACAGCUCUCCAACUUUGCAAGAAGGCUUGGUAUGUCAUUCAAGUUCCACCCCAUUGCAAGCAAGUUUGGGGAAGUAAUCGAUGUGUCUAUGCUGCAUGUAAAGCCUGGCGAGGCACUGGCAGUGCAUUGGUUGCAGCAUUCACUGUACGAUGCAACUGGACCUGAUUGGAAAACACUCAGGCUCCUUGAGGAGUUGGAGCCAAGAAUAAUCACCUUGGUGGAGCAAGAUGUGAACCAUGGAGGCUCAUUCUUGGAUCGUUUUGUGGGCUCCUUGCACUACUACUCCACCCUAUUUGAUUCUCUUGGAGCAUACUUACACUUUGAUGAUGAAAACAGGCACCGUGUGGAGCAUGCCCUUCUCUCUAGGGAAAUCAACAAUGUGUUGGCCAUAGGAGGCCCUAAGAGGAACGGUGAAGACAAGUUUAGGCAGUGGAGAAGAGAGCUUGCUAACCACUAUUUUCAGCAGAUUCCCAUGAGUGCCAAUUCAAUGGCUCAAGCUCAGUUGAUAUUGAACAUGUUCUCACCAGCUUAUGGGUAUAGUCUUGCACAAGUUGAUGGCACAUUAAGGCUUGGAUGGAAGGAUACAAGUUUGUACACAGCUUCUGCAUGGACCUGUUGUACUUCUAACUAGCUUCCUACCUUCAGAAAAUUCAGCUGUAUAUUCAGAACAUUCAUUUUUCUAUUUCCUCCCUUGAGAAAUCUAGCUUCUUUGCUUUUUCUUCCAUUGUUUUUUUGCUUCCUAUUUUCUUGGCUCUCAUGCCCUUGGUAAUUUAACCACAUGACAAAACAUUACAAGUUAAA